AGUUGAAGUUUUUCUUUUUUUUUUGGUUUUUCUCGGUCCAAUCAUUUUACUCUGCAGAAAGACGAGUGGAAAGGAGCCAAGAUGCGUUACUCCAGUCCCGUCUGGCAAUAUGCGCUUUUCAAACUGAUUCUGCUACGGCUGGUUACCUUUGCAAAAGAGGUGCUCGGCUUGGGCGUCAAGAAGCGCGUUUUUCAUAACUACCCAACGCCAGCUAGGAAGCGGACUCGCAUUCCAAGUGGCGCCUUGCCCGGUGGCUCACCCUUGAAUUCUAUCCCGGAGCAGAGUGAGGCCGCCGUCGAUUACGCAGCAGCAGUAAAAUCAUGCGAAAAUGACCGAUCUCAUGUACAACUUCCGCCAAGGACGGGGUCUUUGUCUUCAAGUAAAACACAUCCCAACUGCCACUACACACUAGCAUCCCAAUUGCGCGCGAGAGGAGUGGGGCCGCGCUCUCGCUUGUUUUCCCCCGCCUACGCGUCUUCUACCGGACUGCUCGCACGAACGAAAGCUGACUCUGGAACAACAGCGUACCCGCGCAGCGGACUAAAGUCUUCUUGUGUUCCUCAGCAAAAGUGGAGCUUCGACGGGCGUCAUACAAACGGAAAGUACCAGGCUUUUUAUGCCAGCGAAGCAGAUAUAAAAAGCGAAAGUGGUCAAGGACCGGCACCAUCGACAUCUUUGUCGCCGUUUCUGUCCUCGUGGGCGCGGCCCCGGUGGAUCUUCGGUGCGCACUUGUUGAAACAUCAAGAAGCAAGCCAGGGUUCUGGCGGUACUGUUUCUGUUUCAACUCCAGCCACAUCAAGUUCUGAUGCUUCUGCUGCAACAGCUGCUUCUAGUUCCUCGCAACCGCCGGUGGCUGAGGAGGAGGUGCAGUCUGAAGGCUUUCAAAAAACAAGUUCCACCGCUCGUCUUCGUCUUCGCCUUCCCCUUCGCCUGGACGCCUCAUCCUCCCACGACCCAGCCGAGCAGCAUGAUUAUCUUACUGGCUCAUUUUCUUACAACCACGACUCGGCGACGGGACCAGUCGCGCCGCUCUUCCUGCAGCCAUCGCAUAGCUGCCCCACGUUACGCGGAGGUGCCCUGGACGAGUCACCGCUGCUCAGCCCCGAAGACUACGAGUACGCAGUGUACGCCCAAUCCGCACAGUCCGAGUACGAUGAGGGUUCUGAUGUAGAUGAACUACAAGCUGCACCAGGGAACGUACACACCAGUACUGCACUUUUCGACAGGAGCGCUACGGAAUCGCAUAGUUGCGUUUCCCUUCAUUCGCACCUCUGCUCUGUCGAAGCUACCAUGCUGUCCAGGGUCUUUCCAGGUGAACCAUACGGCCAUGAUUGUGAAGAACAGGCUGAACAAGAUCCUUCGCAAGAUAUGAUGAAGAUUGAAUCUUUGCCCUUACAGCAGCAGCAACACUGUGCCCCGUACUACUUCGUGCAGCGUGAUCAGAAGGAUGCUCCAAGGGGGCGCGAUCUGAUGCCUACUGAAGCUGCACGAGACGCCGAUUCGGUAUCGUGCUCUGAAACUGACAACGCAAGCACGCAAUGCGAUGACGAUCAAGAUGCCAGCUGGGGUAGUACAACCAGCAUGUCCAAUGCAGCUGCGAGUGACUUCCUGCAUCGCACACUCUCCCAGGACAGCACUGCAUCCACUACUUCCGCGUCGUCAAAAAGUACACACCGAAAUUUCAAGCUGGAUCAGCGAAACCAGCACCGACAGCAGGGUUUGGUGUACAGCCGAGUUCGGGACCUGGAGACCAGAAUCGACCAGCAUCGCAGCCGUUACUCGCCCUUGUACCCAAAUUGCGAUCACACCGCUGCGGUGCCGUUCGCGUGAUUUGCUGUGGCCGUGUGUGUGUUUUUAGAUUUUUGCCCUCAAGGCAAGCCUUCUGCUUCUCGUUUUACGACAUAAACAGUAGUUUUUUGGUUGAUUUGAUCUGCAUUGAUGACGAAGAUCACGUUAAGUUUUGCGUUUCAAAGAAAAUGAAAAUUGACAAGCACCGCCCGCCGGGGUAAAAAAGUUGCGCGCAUACGUAUGUCUGCUAAAGGUUUACACGCAAUGCAUGGCAGUAAAAGAUUAUGGUGUGAUAUCUCCAAUCAAUGAGAAUGAAAAAGAAAAUGAUCUUGAACGGCACGGAGACAACAGUCCGUUGCAGCCAUGCUCGUGAACGACAACUUGAAUGAAUGUACCUAAGAACGACAACUCAACGCACAAGUACAUUUGGGGUACUACCACCUUGAGCUUGGCACCGGC